AUGGUACUCUGCUUCCAGAAAUCCAAGCCUAAGGCCCCUAUCGAGGUACAUGUUGGUAUCGACAUUGGUACCAAUUACACUGGGGCUGCCUUCGCCACCAAGGAAACCCAAAUAGUACGUACUAUUCAAGAGUGGCCGGAUAAAGGAGCUCGUGUCACCUCUCAAGUCCCUACCACAAUCAGUGGCUCUGCGUGGAACAAGAAAUGGGGUUUCAAAACCCAGACAAUGAGCGAUGAAAAUGUCAUUCGCGGUUUCAAGGCCCUGGUUGAGAACCCUGACACAGACUACGAGCCUGCCGUGGCAUCUAAGCCCCUGAUAAAGAAGCUGUUCGCGACACCUGAUGCUGUGAUGGGUGAGUAUUUGCAACGGGUUAUUCGACAGAUCAAAAACGAGCUACGACAAGAGCUCCAACUAGAUUCGAGAAACAUGGCAGUGCAUUAUUGUUUGACUGUGCCUAGUUCCUCGGAUCAAGUAAGGGAUGCCAUGAAGACCGCGGCAUCCAGGGCCGGGAUUUCUGACUUGGACUUGUCGAUGGUUUCUGAGUCUGAUGCAGCCUUAAUGGAUUGUUUCCGUGAUCAUUAUGGCGAUAAUAUACGUGAAAAUGGCGUUGUGUUGUUGGUGGACGCUGGACACCGAAAAGUCAGUGUGGGGGCAUAUCAAAAGAGGAUUAAAUCUCCGACACAUUUUAAGAGUCUCCAGAGAGAGAUUGAGUGGGCUACGCAGUUUUGUGGGUCAGCAAUGCUAGAUGACAACUUUGAAAGGUUUAUGAUCAAGCUGUUUGGCAAUGAAGCUUAUUUUAAACUGUCCCAUAAGGCUCGUCAGACAGCAAUGCGCCACUGGCAAGAGCACAUCAAACCAUCUUUUGGACGGUGUCUGAACAAGGAUGAGAAGGGAGAGGUGACAUACUUUGUCCCAAUGCCAUAUGUCAAAGAUGACCUCUCUGUUGGACUAAAAGAUGGCUAUCUGAUGAUAGAUGAGUUCGUAUUCCAGCAGUUCCAUCAAGAUGAUGUGCUAAAAGGUUCCUGCAGAGCCCAAAUUAAGGGCAUAUUUGAUCCCGUGAUCCAGCAGGUCAAGGACAUGCUAAGUUCCCAGAUUGUCAGCGCGGCCGCUGUCAAAAAGAAUAUCGAAGUCAUUACCUUGGUCGGUGGUUUCGGUUCAUCCGAGUAUCUCUUCCAGCAGCUGAGCGCGGCAUACCCAGACCUCAAAGUGCUACAGCGCCCCGAUGCCCUGGUAAGUGCGAACAGUCAAUUGAAGUCGUCCAACGACACCACUAAGUGUAACACAGUGGAGCUGUCCUCCAUUCGCUAA